GGCCUACUUACUCAAAAAGGGAUUAAAGGAGAAUUUAGUGUCACUGGGCUGUGACUGCUGAAGAGGAAACUCUAGGUCACUGUGCGAACAGGAUGGUCUCAGUUCAGAGCUGUACCAGGAAGAAUAUGGCUGGCUGUCCUCCCGCUGUACCAGGAUAUGGGAGCUCAGGAAAGAGUUUUCUUAUUGACAAUCUGCUGCAGUCUCAGACACCUUCAGCCACUUCAAAAUGGACAAGUGGACACCUGAGACAGAUAGUGUGUGAAUACCCAAGGAAAACCUGGGGCCCUGAGGACGGAGCCUUCCAAAGCCGGACCCAAAUUCUUCGGCAGGUCAAAGACGUAGGAGGACCGCAUCUGCCACGUUCUGAGGGAACAAAUAUUCAAAUGUGGUCUGCUAAUACAAGCCCGAACUCACGUAGAGGGAUCCUUAGGAGAGCUGUGUUCUCUGAAGAGCAAAGGAAGGAGCUGGAAAGGACCUUUCGAAGACAGAAGUACAUUAGCAAGACAGACAGGAACAAACUGGCAGCUAAUCUCAGCCUCAAGGAGUCACAGGUAAAGAUAUGGUUCCAGAACCGGCGCAUGAAGUGGAGAAACUGUAAGGAGAAGGAGGUUCAUAACAUUCGCUCCCCAAUGGAUGAGCUCAUGGCCCGAGGUCUCGCUCAGGAAGAAGAAGAACCACAGAAUCACACUAACACAAAAACUGAGAGAUUAUCAAAGUAAAAGAGUGCCAGGGACACAGUGAGUGGAGGGCAAACCUCACAACUACGAAACAAAAAGACUACAGUACUGGGAGGGUUUCUAGAAAUAUAUGGAUGGAAAACACUGAACAUUACAGUAUUACCAUUUCUUUCAGCGUAUGGCAUGUUUCUCUGCAUGAGAAUUUAUUUGGUUCAGCUGCUUGGUCAGCCACAUUGCUAUGCCCUGGCUUCAGUAAGCAGUUUCAGGGCUAUUACACUGACAAGUCGUUCCAGGAGAGACUGUAAUUGCAGUCCAUUAAAGGGCCAAAUGAUUAAUUUACUGCAUUUCCAUAUCAGACUUUAUAUAUCAAUCAUAUUUUCAU